AGUCGCUUAUUUUAUUACUUGGAUUCAAAUAUAUCAACACACACACUCACACCCCAGCUGCAGGAGACACUGGUAACUCCCGCGUGUCUAUGCUGUGAUGAUUUUGAAGACUGGCAACGCAUGUUUGCUAUAUGCGGAUCUGCGAUAAGUCAAUGGGCUCGGAAUAAGACGCAAAUAUGGCGUUUGGGAUGUCUCUGGAGUAUCACGGACGCGAGAGACAGUGAGACUGUAUAUGCGGUCUCUUCCAAAGGCGGCAGGAAAGGAUGCACCAAGGAGUGGCGAAUGGGUUGUCAGUUCCAUGCUGAAAGCCGAAACUUGUAACAAAAUCAGGUGUCUCCAAAUCCGGGCUUGUCGGAGCCGAAAAAGGGGUGCCCACCGAGCCCAAUCGGUACCAUGGGAUGAGCAUAGACGGCAUAUCAUGUUAUGCCUGAAGUUUAACACACUUAACCAACCCCGCUCAUGUGAGCAAAGCUUCACAACAAACUGGCCUCGAACGCUUUGGCUAGCAAUCGAUCAAAAAGGUAUUCAUCUACUGGAACAUCGCUCAAGAAAUGUAUUAUGUACCUACGGAUACGAUUCUAUUAUAUCAUUUUCUCCAAACUUGAAUUCCCUAAUGAUAUUUACUGGAACGGAAAAAAAACAAUCUAAGGUGAUUUUAACCACAUCGCAGGCCUAUCAAAUCACUACACUUAUUCGAGAAUAUUCUGAAGCUGCAAAGGACAUGAAGUAAUUAAAUCAUAUAACCACGAAUGGCACAAAUAUGUAUCUUAUUAUAGUUUAACAUUGUAUUCAAUGACCUAGUAAAUUUAUUCAAAAAAUAAAAAAAUGUUUGUAUCCAUCUCA